AUGGCCCCGACGGGAGGCGCGCUGCCUGCUCCCAGAGCUCGGCAGCUGGAGCUGGGCAGCGGCACCUCGGCUCCAUGCGCCCUCGCCCCUCCGGCUGCAGCGGUCGCUCCCCACUCCCAGCGCGCGCUCUCCGCGCUCGCCAUAGCAACGGAGUUUAACGCUCCUGGCCUCGCGGCGUUUGUGCGAGAACAUUCCCGCAUUCUCCCGCCCCUGAGGGUGGACACGCUGUCUCCAGCGCCGCUCCCUCCCGGGCUGGAGUGGGUGCCGCCUUUCCCUGGUCCACCCGUGUGCUCAGCCCUCGGGUCCCCCCGAGGUGGCCCGGGCGCGACUGCCCCUUGGCGGGGUCAGCUCCGAAGUCGUCAGGGCCGGCGGCGUCCGCCCGGAGCGGCAGCCCGCACUGAUGGAGGGCAUGAAUCCCUGUGGAAUUAUAAUGAGCCAUCUUUAAGACACUGCACCGUUGACACUAGGAUCAAAGGACCCUACCAUCCCUUUCAACUUAUAAGAGCUGCACAAAGAGAUGCAGUGCCAGUUCAUCCUGAAGCCCAGCCGCCUUGCAGCCCAGCAACUGAGUGGAUUUUCUGCAAAAUAUUCCAGGAAGAAUUUUUUUCAUCAGAUCUCUAUGAUCACUGGAUCUGUGUAAUGGAUCAAGGAAAUGAUGAUGAGAAAAUAAAUACAAUUCAAAGGAUAUUUGGAGAAGAAAUCACUUCCCUCUUCGGAAAGGUUUCAGGGAGAUGUGACACUAGAGGAAACGCCUCAGAUAUUUCUUGCUUCCCACCAAGUGACUCAUCCUCCUAUGACAGCUUGGAAAAUGAGGUUGAACUAAAUGAGGUUGAUGAUCCAUGCAGUGAACAUGAUAGAGAAACUCUGCCAGGGGAGCAAAAGCAUGGACUCUCAUUUUAACGUUUAAUGAUCAACCUGAAGUGGAAGACCUCCUAGCCCUGAGUGACUUUAACUCAGACCGUUCUAAAAAAGAACAUGCUCAAAUGGAACAGCCUCUUGAAUCCAAGCCGGUGAAUGCUAGAGUGUGCAUGAAUAUCCUGCCUCAGGAUCCUGCUGAGGCCCCGUCUGACACACCCAGCCACCUGCCACAGAUGCAGGAGAUGUUGGAAAAAGCACGAGGCAAAAACGGCAUUGCUCAGAUCCCAGCGUCUACUAUCUGGAUCCCCAGCUUUCCUACCUCAGGGAGUUUUAACAGAAAAAA